AUGCCCGAGUUCGCCAACCACGCCUCUCUUCCUCGCCUCUCCACCAUCAUGCCCGCCGGAGAUAGCUCAGCGUCGUCCUCGUCCUCUUCCAUCUCAUCCGACUCCGACUCUGCUUCCGCCACCUCGUCGACCAGCUACGCCAUGGAAUCUGCCCACCCGCCCAGCGCCUCGGUCCAGGUCCUGCGCUGCAUGCGCUGCGCCCGCGCCGUCGAGACCACCACAACCGACGACAUUGCCACGGCCGGCAUGGUCCGCAUCUCCCACAACCUCUACUACUGCGAGCGCUGCGCCAAGACGGUCGGCUACAAAUAA